GUUUUGUCUCUGUCUCUCUAUUCUCUGCUCAUUCUCUAGAAGUUCUUCUUCUACAGCAGCAGCGUUUUGGACUUGCGAAGGAGGAGCGAGGGGCAGAGCCCCCUCUCUCUUUCUGUUCUUGAAUCUCAGAGUUUUAUUUUAUUUUUAUCUUGAAGGUGUGAUGAGCUACUGAGGAUCGUUCAAGUUCUGCACGCGGUACUACUUGGAUUUGGUGAUUGGCAAUUUGACUGAGUUAGCUUGGCUUUGAUCUCUACUCGGAAUAUCUGAGUUGUAGGGUGUGUGUCAUCUGAGUCUCUUGGUCAUGGUUUCUGAACAUUGGUGUAUAAAUUUAGAGGAGGCACCACUUCAAAUCUUUCAGCUCUCCACAAUGCUUGGUGCUGAAAAGCUGGCCUUGAAGAAGAAAUUGAGGAGUGAACUUGCCCAUGUUAGAUUUGCAACUGAAAGAAUUGAAGCAGACCAUUUGAAAGUAUCAUCUGAAUCUGAACAGCAGUUGUUGUUGGUUGUUGAAAGCAAUCAGAUUACUUCUGGAAAACAGCAGAGGAAAUCAUAUAGGGAUGAACUAUCCAAAAACUCAGAAAGUUGUGCUGAUGAUAUAGUAACAGUUGAAUCUAAGGUGGAAGCUGCUAUGCCGUGUUCCAAUAAACGACCUUCAAGAAUGUUGGAUGGUCAAGUGGGAAAGAAAAGGAAAAUGGACAUUUCUGUGAUGCAGCAGUGUUCUAGCAUUCUGAAGAAGCUUAUGACACAUCCAUCUGGUUGGGUUUUUAGUCAACCAGUUGAUCCAGUGGCAUUAAAUAUCCCGGAUUAUUUCUCAAUCAUAUCCAAACCCAUGGACUUGGGUACAAUAAAGUCCAAACUGCAGAAGAAGUUCUACUUGAGCACUCAAGAAUUUGCAGCUGAUGUGAGGCUGACAUUUUCUAAUGCCAUGUUAUACAAUCCGCCUUCCAAUGAUGUUCAUCUCAUGGCCAAAGAACUUAACAGCACCUUUAAUUUGAGAUGGAAGUCCCUUGAAGCAAAAUGGAGUGGUGAAAGUACAAAGGUUGAGCCGCAGUCUAUUUCCAACAAGAAACCUAAGAAAGUCCCCAAUGCAAGAAGUUGUCAGAAAACAUCUGCCUCAUCUGUAAAUCCAUUACCAAGGAGAUUGAUGUCGUCUGCAGAAAGGCAGAAGCUGAGAAAGGAUCUUAUGGAAAUGACAAAGGGGAAAAUUCCUAUGCCCUUGCUUGAUUUUCUUCGGAAACUUCGUCUGAUUGGUCAAAAUGAAGAAAGAAUUGAAGUGGACAUUGAUGCGUUUGAUGAUGAGACAGCAUGGGAAUUUCACAGAAUCUUGAAGAAUUGUCUUGACCUGAGAUUGGCUGAAGUGCGGUCUGGUGGGUUGACAAAUCAUUGUGGACAUGACUCUUUAAAGAAGGGAUUUGAUAAAGGAAAUGAUACUAGACAUUCAUGUAAUCCUGCCAAUGUCAAGCUGCACAUGAGCCCUGGUGCUUGUGCAAGUAGUUCAUGUGGUGGCCACAAUGAGUUGGCCCAAGCUUCCUUUAGUGAUAUUGAUUCGGACAGGUCAUCAGGGAGAGAUAAUCGAACAUUUCAUGAUGGUGUGCUCAACCCAGGUUGUGUGACAAAUGACAGAGCAAACACCCGUACAAGCAAGUCAGAUCCUGAUUCUGAUGGGGCUGUGAGUACUGUGGAUGAAGAAAAUGUUCAGAUGAUUUCUCUCCCUCUUACUCCUUCUGGGGUUGCUGCUUCUGGAGAAGAGAACGAGGAUCCCCUUUAUGAUGGGCAAAUGUCACCAAGCAAGGCUCUUCGUGCUGCUAGGUUGAAGAGCCGCUUUGCUGACACUAUCCUGAAAGCACAACACAAGACACUCCUAAACCAUGGUGAGAAAGCUGAUCCGGCAAAGAUGCAACAGGACAGGGAGAGAUUGGAAAGGAAACAGCGUGAAGAAAAAGCAAGGCUUGAAGCCCAGAUUAGAGCUGCUGAAGUGGAAUCUCGUCUGAGGGCUGAAGCUGAAUUGAAAAUGCAACGGGAAAGGGAAAGAGAAGCUGCACGGAUUGCAUUACAGAAGAUGGAGAAGACGGUUGAAAUCAACGAGAAUCAAGAGAUUCUGAAAGACCUUGAGAUGUUUGGUGGAUAUUCUCUUCUGAAUCAGCUCGACCAUGAAGCUUUGGGCGGUGUCAUUGCAGAUGGGUUUGAGGUCAUGCUUGGAUCAUUGGAGGGAGGUUACCAUGGGAAUGCCUUGGAACGAUUAGGCCUAUUUAUGAAGGAUGAUUAUAUGGAAGAAGAUGAAGAGUCAGUCUUGAAUGGAGAUGUGGAGGAGGGGGAGAUUGGUUCAUGAGCAUUUAUGUUGUGUACUGGGCUCUUAGUCACUUUAAUAUGAGGUUUUAUUUUUAAUGGCUGAAGAUGUGAGAGAGGCUAUAACUAGGUGUAAAUAAUUCAUUUUUUGAGUGGAGAAUGAAGGGAUCUUGGUCAUUGUUUUUUAAUUA